AUGCUAGCCUGGUCCAUCGAACUGUCCCAGUUCGAUAUCAAGUUCGAACCCCGAUACACAAUCAAAGCACAGGCCAUGGCCGACUUCAUCGUCGAGAUGACGCUGGGAAACUCCACCCCCGAACCAUGGAAACUACACGUUGACGGCUCAUCGAACGUCACUUCCGGAGGUGCCGGAGUCAUUCUCGAAAGUCAAAACGGAGUCGUGAUCGAACAGUCAGUACGAUACGAAUUCCCAAUCUCAAAUAACCAAGCAGAAUAUGAGGCCCUCCUGGCAGGCUUAGCCCUAGCCAAGGAAGUCGGAGCAAAGGUCCUGGAAAUAAAUACGGAUUCGCAAGUAGUCAGUUCCCAAAUUAACGGAGACUACCAAACACGAGAUCCUCGGCUACAACAAUACCUUGCCGAGGUUAACAAACUAAAGGAAGAAUUCAAUCACGUAACCAUACGGCACGUCCCCAGGGAAUGUAAUGCCAGGGCUGACCUUCUCUCUAAACUAGCCAGCACUAAACCAGGACACGGCAACAAAUCGCUAAUACAGGAAGUCGUCAAAUCACCGUCCAUAUCCACGACGGCUAACGCCUAUCUGACACUCUCCCACCGAGGAUCAUGGACCUACCCCAUCCUACAAUAUCUCCUCAAAGGAACAUUGCCUGAAGACCCCAAAGAGGAAAAACGGACAAAAAGGGAAGCCGCCAACUACACAGUUGUCGAAGGACAACUAUACAAACGCAGAUUCUCGCAACCCCUGCUCAAAUGCGUCGAACCCGGGGACACAGAGUACAUACUCCGCGAAAUCCAUGAAGGUUGUUGCGGCCACCAUGUCGGAGGUAAAACCCUUGCCCAAAAAGUCAUCCGGGCCGGCUACUUCUGGCCCACGGUCAUCCGGGACUCCGUGCAGCUAGUAAAGAAUUGCGACAAAUGCCAAAGGCACGCCAAUAUCCACCAAGCCGCCCCACACCAGCUCAGCAUCAUAUUGGCAGAGCGGCCAUUCGGUACCUGGGGGAUCGACCUUGUCAGACCUUUUCCCACGGCACCCGGCCAACUCCGAUACCUCAUCGUCGCCAUAGACUACUACACUAAAUGGAUCGAGGCCGAGCCCCUGGCCUCUAUCACGGCAACCCAAUGUCGAAAAUUCCUCUGGUGA